ACAGUUCACGCUGAAUAGUGUGGGUAGGACAACAGCUGUGUUGCAGGUAGACAUGUCUUGCUCAGUGGCGGGCUCAAAUGAUCCCGCGGCGACGUUACGCAAGCGCAGAACCACAGGAGGAGGCGUUUAAAAGAAGGAAAAACUGCCACGCUUCGGCUGGAAACUUUAUUUAAAUUUUUUUGUCUCGAGCUCUGGAAGCAGCUCCAACUUGUCCCGCCUGCCAUGUCCGCGUCCUACAGCCACAGCGCGCGCUUGAAGGAGGCCAAGAGGGUGGCUAUCUUCGGGGGGACUCACGGCAACGAGAUGGCCGGCGUGACGCUCGUCAACCUGUGGAUGAAGAACAGCGCCGAGAUCCAGAGGAAGACGGUGGACACCAAACCUUUCAUCACCAACCCGAGGGCAGUGGAGAAAUGCACUAGAUACGUGGACACCGACCUGAACCGAGCUUUCACCCCAGAUAACCUCAGUGCUGCGGGAGGCAAAGAAUUGCCUUACGAGGUGCAGAGAGCCCAGGAGAUCAACAGAAUAUUCGGACCCAAAGGAAGUCCCGAGGCCUAUGACGUCAUCUUUGACCUCCACAACACCACGUCCAACAUGGGCUGCACUCUUAUUCUGGAGGACUCUAAAGACCACUUCAAUCUGCAGAUGAUGAACUACAUCAAGAAAGCCAUGGCCCCUGCAAGUUGUCUUGUUCUGCUGAAUGAACAUCCACUGCUCAAGUAUUCCACUUCACGCUCCAUAGCCAAACAUCCUGUGGGCCUGGAGGUCGGUCCUCAGCCUCAAGGAGUUUUGAGGAGUAACAUAUUUGAAGCUAUGAGGGUCAUACUCAGACAUGCCCUGGACUUCAUUGCUUUGUUUAAUGAAGGCAUGGAAUUCCCUUCUUGCACUGUUGAAGUUUUCCGCGUUUCUGAGCGGGUCGACUACCCAAGAGACGCCAACGGAAACAUCAUAGCCAUGGUGCACCCCAAUCUACAGGACUGCGACUGGGAGCCACUGAACCCCGGUGACCCCAUGUUCCAAACAUUUGACGGGAAAACCAUCGCCUUCCAAGGAUCCGGCACUGUUUAUCCCACGUUUAUAAACGAAGCAGCCUAUUAUGAAAAACAACAGGCUUUUGUGACCACCAGGAGAGAAACUCUGGUGGCGAGUGGCAUAAGAAAAGCUUAGAAUGGCGAGAACACGCGAGCCGCCAGAACUAUUUGUAUAUAACUUUUGCACUUUCUUCUCUUAGCAAAUUUGACCAUUCAGACAUAACGAUAGACGCCAUCUUCUGCCCAGUGAUUUUAUUUUUUUGGCGCAUUUACUGACAGCAAAUCUGUUAACUAUGCAAAGAGGUGGAAUCUUUGCAGUGGCGAUCUGAUUAAACAUUGUGGUUAUAUGAUACUGUUAUUUAAAGAGAUACUUUUAUUAAAUCAACGCCUUUUAUGGGAUGAAAUCUCCAGCUUAAUCAUUUUUUAGUUGCUGUAUAUUUUCCUUUUGAUGCUCAGGAAGCUAAUUAAGGAGCAUGACCUACAAACUUUGACCCGAAACUGUAGUGGUUUGUCUUCCUCUUUACAUAUGUUUGUGACAUUCUGGGAGGGUAUUUGUGGCCUUUGACACUACCUUCCUGUAACUCCUGUGGUUGCAUCUGUGGUGCUCUCCCAUUGUUGCCUUAAAAGAGACUUGAUUGCACUGCCAAAUUGAACUAUAAACGUGUUGGAUAACGACAUAUUUUAAUAAUAAUAGUAUGUUUCUUUCCUUUCUACACACAAAAAGUAAUAUAUGUGUCUAUUUUGAUAUUCUUGUACUGUAUGUUUGAUGUGCUGUGUAGUUGUGUCAAGGCAGGUGUUGUUUUUUGUCAUUGUUGUCAUGAAGGUCACUCAUUAUGUUUAAUAACUAUGGGUGUUACCAACAUUUGUAUGAUAAAAAAAAUCAAGUUCACUGUCCUUUCAAUCAUGUGGAAAUCAUCCAACCAAUAAACACAGAAAAACAUG